AUGAGAAGGUUCCCUCGCAAUGGUAGCACAGCUGUACUUCAUCAACCAUCUGGUCUCUAUGUUGUUAGUAGUUCAGGAAAUAUCUACGUAGCUGAUAGUGCUAAUCAACGUGUGUUACGAUGGUUACCGGGUGGAGACCCCGCUACCGGUGGUGGACUAGUGGCUUCUAAUACUCUGGGUAGUCCAUAUGGUAUUGUAGUUGAACAAACACUGACGAAAAAUCGUCCGUCGUACAACGAUUGUGUCGACCACGAGCUAUUGUCCGACGGAGAUAUGCUGGAUAUUAUUGGUCUAUAG